AUGGCCUACAAAACAAAAAUUGGCAUUUUUGAAUGCGAUGAUACGCUUGACCCUGACAAGUCCAAGUACGGCGGAUAUGGAGGGCUCAUCUCAACAUGGCUCAAAUCAAACACCCGCUUGCAAGAGGAAUCCGAGAUCCGAGUCUGGGAUACUAAGAACAAGAUGGAGUACCCUAAAUCGGACGAAUGCGAUGUCAUUUUGAUCACUGGGGCACCUACGCAUCCCAAAAGCCAGGAGCUCUGGAUCACCAAACUGCUCGCCUAUGUGGAAGCGGUAGUACGCGCUGAGCGGGACAAGAAAUUGGUGGGCAUAUGUUUUGGCCACCAGGUGAUAGCGCUAGCUCACGGGCUCUCUGUGGGCGUCAACAACAAAGGCUAUGAAAACGCUGUCACGGAUAUCCAGCUAUCUGAAACUGGCAAGAGCAUAUUUAUGCAAGAUCGCAUUGCUCUGAAUCAAUCUCAUUGCUGGGAGGUCAAGGAGGGUAAUUUAGGGCAGAUUCAAAAUAUGGGAUCGACCGAAAAGACGGCCAUUCAAGGUCUAUAUCUCCCAGGCCGACUUUGGACACUGCAAUCCCAUCCAGAAUUCGACAAGAAAGCUAUGGAAAGGGUUUUGGAACUGACUAGACCUGAGAUCACCGAGGAGGAAUAUAGCAAGGCAGUUUCCGACAAUACCGGAAAA